AUGAAUAACUUCAAUAAAUUUACAAUAACUCUAGUGCGAGAACAACCACCCCCAAAUACGAUAUGGUUCUAUAAUCGCAACGAAGAUUAUUACGAGUUUACGAAUUUUAAAGAGGGAUUUCAAAUUAGCGCAUCCCUUGGGGAAAUUAGCGAGUUGCACAAGGAACUUUAUGAAGUAAAAAUAUGGCCUACAAGCGAACAUCUUUUCCAAGCUGCAAAAUUUAAGGAACAUCAUCCGGAAAUCGUCGACCAAAUUAGAAGGUGUCGUUCUCCUAGGGAUGCAUUAAACCUAGCUAGAAUGAACCAGAGUUUGGUGGAUCCAAAUUGGCAGGAUAACAACGUAAAAGUCAUGAAAUGGGUG